CAUUUAAAGUAGCUAUAAUUACCACUGAAAUCUGACUUAAUUGGAAGUGACACAAGUCACCGUUUGGCUUAGAGAUGCUUGUUACCGCUUACUAAGUGUUCGAGAACUAUAACCUAUUCACGGCACAGUUGCUGAGCGGCCUCUUUAUAAUUUCUGCUUAGUAACAACCUGCUAAUAAUCUGCGUUUGACUACAUAACAGAUUCCUGGCAUGGCGCUGGACUGUGAACACUGAGCGGAUUAAGUCCUUUUGUUUUGCUGUUACCGCAGGUUAGCGGCGCUCCAUUGAGGACUGCAGCAACUGAUUUAUGGGAGCUUUGUUUUUGUUCUCUGUAUGACAUUGGGACACUGUGGCUGCGUUAUGUGUAUGCACAUGAAGGAAGUGAAGGCAAAGGGCGUUGUGUUGAAAAAGCUGUAUUUGCUUCAAAGAGUGAUCAAGAAGCUUGAAAUGUCCGUCGUGUCAGACUGCCUUCAGUGCAUCAGAAUGGGAAGAAGCAACAGGAUGGAGUCCUCAUGUCUGGACCUGGCCUUGGAAGGUGAACGAUUCUGUAAGGCCGGUAAUUAUCGUGCUGGUGUGUCUGCCUUUGAGUCGGCCAUCCAGGUUGGAACUGAGGACCUCCAAAUCCUCAGUGCCAUCUACAGCCAGCUUGGCAAUGCUUACUUUCACCUGCAGGAAUAUAACAAAGCCUUGGAGUACCAUCGGCAUGAUCUCACACUUACAAGGACGAUUGGGGAUGAACUUGGUGAGGCUAAAGCCAGUGGCAACCUUGGGAAUACGUUAAAGCUUUUAGGACGAUACAAUGAAGCAGUGGUUUGUUGCCAACGACAUUUAGACAUCACCAGAGCUACGUGUGAUAAGGUUGGGCAGGCCCGAGCACUGUAUAAUUUUGGGAACGUUUACCACGCCAAGGGCAAAAGCAUCUGUUGGUCGGGGACGGAACCAGGAGAGUUUCCAGAGGAAGCAAGGAUAGCCCUGAGGAAAGCUGCACAGUAUUAUGAAGCCAACUUGUGUCUUGUGAAGGAGUUGGGGGAUCGUGCAGCUCAGGGUCGCACUUAUGGGAAUCUUGGUAAUACAUAUUAUCUGCUGGGGGACUUUGAAACUGCUGUAGCAGUGCAUGAAAAGCGCCUUCUCAUUGCUAAAGAGUUUGGGGACAGGUCUGCGGAGCGGAGGGCACACUGUAACCUUGGUAACGCUCAUAUAUUCCUCAGCCGAUUUGAAGUGGCGGCUGGUCAUUAUAAGAGGACUCUGCAGCUGGCCAGGCUUUUGAAGGACAAGGCAGUGGAGGCCCAGGCCUGUUACAGUCUGGGUAACACCUACACACUACUCCAGGACUAUGAGAGAGCCAUUGAUUAUCACCUCAAACAUCUAGUAAUUGCUCAGGACCUCAACGACAGAAUUGGUGAAGGAAGGGCCUACUGGAGUCUAGGAAAUGCCCACACUGCCCUGGGGAACCACGAGCAAGCUAUGCACUUUGCUGAAAAACAUCUGGAAAUUGCCAAAGAGACUGGAGACAAAAGUAGUGAGGCGACCGCACGGAUGAAUUUGUCAGACCUCCGGCUGGUUGUGGGCCUGAAGUCCAACAUCUAUUCCAACAUCUUCAGCAAAACUAACAGGUCUGCACUGUCAGUAAGCCACCAGAGUUACCUCAACAUGUCAGGAAUGAAAUCUCCAAAGAAGAAAGGUAGUGCAGAAAACCUGGACCUGAGUCCAAAUUCAAUUGGGGAUUCAUCAGUACGUCCAGACUGGGAAGAUGAUGCACUCUCCAGGUCAUCAAAAACGAACACCAUAAAGGCUUCGACUAAGCUCUUCCUCUUUCACCGACUAAAAAGUAAAAAGCGGAAGAACAACAAAUCUCCCAAAGAGCAGCAUGACAGUGCCUCAGACCACUCAGUGCCUGAUUUGGACCCGCCAAAGUCACCUAAGCAAGCUCCGCAUGACACAAUUGGGGAGGAUGGCUUUUUCGACCUUCUCUCUCGUUUCCAGGGCAACAGAAUGGAUGACCAAAGGUGCUCUCUUUUAGAUGGCUUGAGCCAUCAGCCUGCCAGCUCCUCUCCCUCAUCCACCCCUCUUGUAGCUGAAAGGAAAUCUAUACUGGAGGGCGAAGCACCAUUGCAGGAUCCUGGUCAUUUCCUGGAGCUGCUGGCCAGCUCCCAGGCCCGUCGUCUGGACGACCAACGAGUCAGCCUGAGCCAUUUUCCUGGCUUGAGACUCAGCACCUACAACCGGCCCAGUACACCCUCCACCUCCAGCGAAAACCAAGCCCCCGCUCAAGCCCCCAUUUCCAGUACAGACCCAGCUCACACACCCUCCCUGUACAGUUGCAUCGAGAACAGCACUGAGCAGUCUGAGGGGGAUGACGUCUUUUUUGACAUGCUAGUUAAGUGCCAGGGUUCCCGACUGAAUGACCAAAGGUGCGCUGCUCCACCUUCGGCCACACGAGGACCAACUGUCCCAGAUGAGGACUUCUUUAGUCUCAUUUUGCGUUCUCAGUCAAACAGGAUGGAGGAACAGCGGGUGCUGCCACCGUCUGACGUCACUCAAUCCAAACCAGACUGAUGGACUAUUUUUUUAUUUUAGGAUACAAAAUGGAACUACAAAUGUCUUUUUCAUUUUAAUAUUUUUUAUGAUUUUUAAUCCCACUCAUUCCUCAACUGAGCAGACUGCCUCAAGGAGUAACACAGUAAGUUUAUAUGGAGAACAUCAUGAGUGUCAGUAGUGAGCAAUAUAAAUCUUCCACGCCGAAAGGUCGUCUUUAGCUAACUGGCAGAUUCUCUACAAUGUCAGCAUCUUCUGGUAGUGCCUCUCUAUUAUUGUUAUGCCAUUCAAAAGGCCACAAUGAAAAAAGAUACAUUGAUUAUAUACUUCCUAAGCCAAGAACAUCCAUGCCUUCUAACAAGUUCUCUGCUUCCACAGUUACAAAUCAUUUGGCCACAUCUUUGGACCACAUUAACACCGUCAGUCACAGAAAUAUUUUUGUCUGAAAUUUUUAAGGAUGUACUUCACACAUAAUUGCCAUUAAUAAUGAUUUGAGGUUUUCUUCUUUAAAGUAAGACUUUUCAGGGAACUAAGUGGUAAAAGAAAAAUAUACCCUAUUUAGAAUUUUUUUACUGAAUAUGUCUCAGAAGAACCAUCAGAAAAUAAAAUAAUUACAUGCUACUGUUUCCACCUUAAUUAAAUUCCUUACGUGCAAAACAUUGCAUUUAAAACAACAUGCUGUAGGAAAACACACAUUUCAGAUUUUAGAGUGGAAUCAUUUUUUACAUACCAAUAAGGCAAGUUCUUUGCAGUACAAUGAAAAUAUCAAAAAUCACAUAAAAUCGUUUCUCAAACUUGACAAAAGAUUCUAUACUGAUUUUUCGGCCCUCCUGCUUAUUUUCCAAUUAAAAAAAAAAUGUUUGUAUGCUUUACUGCUCUCCAUUUUGUUGCAUUUUGCUGGUUUCAGUUUCGAGUUCAGUCUGUACAGUACAGAUAAAUAAAUAGAUAUUAUCAUUCUCAGGGCAUUCAGUCGAUUGGAAGACUGAUGAAGCCUGCUUGGAUGAGAGGCAAAACGUCUUCUAAGACAACCUGAACAGUUUCUCAAUAGUAUUUUAAAUUGGGGGGGGGCUGAAAACAUUUCUGUCCCCCAGCGGGGGCAUGACCGAAAAUAAUUGAGAACCACUGAUUUAGUCAAAUAUUCCAACCACCUGGACACACUAUGUCUCUGAAGUCAACCUCUCGUGGUGUUCCCUGCACCUAAAAUGAGAAAGAAAUGAUUUAGUCACUGUAGAUGACUGUAUAUCAACUUUUGUACGGCAUAUUCAGUCUAGUGUAACUUUGGCUUUUAACCCUUUCCAAAAGGGCCGACAACAACCAAAUGGUACAAAAACUGAAUCAAUUUUUCCCAUAACAAAUAAUGCUAAUCCAUUUAAUCCGUUCCAGACACUCCAAAAUAUUACCACAAAACACAUUUUAUGUAGAAUAAUAAGUUUUACAAACAACAAAAUACAUUAUAAAUUACGAAAGAAAUCGAUAAAUGAAUAUUUAACAUCACUUUUACCUUCAAUGAAGACUUGGUAGUGAACAAGUGGAGGCAGGAGGGGAGAGAACGGAAGUGCCACACGGACAUUGUUUAACUGUAGUUUGUUACAAACUUAACUUUAAAGAGUGGCCGAUGAGAGCUUGAUGUUUGCUCACUUGAACUUUAUUGGAAACGUCAGCCGCAGCUACAGUCAUCAUUACGCCUUCUUUAUGAAAGUUCUGCCACUUGCAACUUUUUUUCCUGACGUAUUUAAUUAAAAAAAAAAAAAGCACAGAUGCCUCAGAAAUACAGAGUGCUCUUGAAUGCCUCGUCAAUGCACUGGGCACACUGCUUAAAGGAGACUGAUAAGAGUUGCUCAUUGUUCUGUGUGCGUUCUAUGAACAAAUAAACCACACACACACACAGUAAAGAUGAUUAAAGGAUUCCCUGGCGGAAUCUGUCUAUGGCAGGGGUCUCAAACUCGCGGCCCGUGGCCAUUUGCGGCCCACCAAAUCAUAUCUUGCGGCCCGCGACUGGACAUCAAAGAGUAGUGUAACUGCAGCCCGCAACAUCCGGGCAAGCUCAAUGUUACUUCCAUACUUACAGGGGCAAGUAAACACCAACACUGAACUAACAGUGGUGUUAUCACAUGGACCGGGGGAGGGGUGGCUCUUUAGCGCUAUUGUGAGCCAUGUAUUGUGAAUUGUAUCGUAUCGUGAAGUACCCUGACAUUCCCAGCCCUACUCCCAAUACUUGAUGCAGCCCAGCCUCACCCAGACUCUAACUCCAGUGGCCUCCAGUGAAAUUGAGUUUGAGACCCCUGGUCUAUGGUAUCCCAACUGUAAAAUAACCACUAUCCAUUCUUCACAGAGGCUGAGUCACCAACGCGUGGCUGCUUUGUUUGGGCAGUCAACUAGUUUGUCAGGUGCAUUGAUGGGCAGGACGAUAACCAAGACAGUGUAAGAAAACCGAGACAUACAGUAUUUUUAGCAAUCAUUAGCAAUCAUUUUUGGCCUCUCCCCAUGUUGUACUUAUACUUAUUUGCGCCUUAUUUGAGAGUUUACUUUUGUCUUUGCUUCUUUGACAAGUAUUCCUUAACCUGCUGCUUUUAUUCCAGAAAGGGAUAAAGGGAAAGAAAUUAAAGAAUAGAAACUUUUUUUAGGUGGUGAUGUCUCCUCAAGCCUGCACACAGGCUUUUCAGAGUAGCGCAUUUAUUCCAAAAACCAAAGAUACCUUUUGGUUACAUUGGACUUUUAGGUGAAAAUAAAGAUGAAAACUGUGUAUUCUACCUACUUGUUCAUGCAGCUGUGCAAGAAGCAGCUAUUCUUGUCAAGCCUGUAAGCUCCUGAGUUUGGGAGAUCUUUACACUCUGAUAGGAAACGUUGGAGUUCUGAUGUCGGGAUCCCACUUUGCUGCUGUUGCUGUAAAGCAGAGAGUCGGUGUUGUGAGGACAUUGUUUUGGGAAAAAGUGUGAAAGAUGGAGCAUUUCUUGGGACAAUGAAUAAGAAUUAAGUACAAGAAACAUUACCUUGAUGGUGUCAUAGGUGUUGGUGAUAAUUGUGAUGAACAGGCUGAGGAUCAUGUAGAUGAAAAGGGAGACAAAAGUGUAGAGGUAGACUCUGCUAAAAAUCCAAAUCAGGUUGCUCUUCCGCUUCAUGUUCUUAAAGGUGGGGAACAUGUCAUCUCCAUUGAUCAAGGAGAAGAGACACUCAGACACUGUGUUCAAGGUCCGGAACUUUGAGGGGAAAAAGAAAUCAAAGGAGCAAGUUGUUAAAUAUGUGUGUGGAAAAAAAAGAAAACAUUAUAAAGUAAAAUAAUUCAUACUUGUGGUGUGAUUUAUCUUGAAUUUGCUUUGCUCAUCCCAACAGCCUUACCUUCUCGUGAUACGGGCCAAGGACAAUCCAGCCACAAAAGCAGUAACUCAGGUAGAUUAUUCCAGCGCAGCAGAUGAAACGGAUAACAUUCGGGAAAGCUGCCCUGAGAGUCAAGAUGAGAAUCUGGAAACGAGCAUAGUAACACACAGAAUAAUCUACAACACAAGUGUAGCAUUAAAGGUGCUGUCCCUCUUCAGGUCCAACCUACACUUUUUUCCAAUCAAAAAAUCCAAGACCACCACCACCGGCUCGCAGAUGUUAUUAACAGUGGUUGCGUGGGGUGUCGCUUGCACGCUGCGAGCAGCAAGUGAGCGAAAUAGACUGUUUUCAAGUAUUUGCGCCCCCAUGCAGUAUCUAACCAAGGUAGACAUGUCUUUAACAAGCCUUCCUAAAUUAAGCACUCAAGAGUCGCACCAUUUUGUAUACAGUACCUGCAUAACCUAAUGAGAUACAGUGGAACCUCAUCAUUAAUUCAUUCCAAAAGGUCAGACAAAAACCGAAAAGAAGACAAAAGAGGCCGUUUUUCUCAGAGCAAAUCAUGUAAAUCCAAUUAAUCAGUUCCAGACAUUCAAAAAUAUUAACCAAAAAUACAUUUUGUAGAGAAUAAUUAUAGUAUUACAUGCAGAAAACAAUGCAAAAUAAUUAUAAAUGAUGAAAGAAAUAGAUAACAUCCCUGGAUGGAUGAAACUUAUAAUUGAUGUGGAUUUCUGAUACAUUUGGUGUUUCUGCAAAGAUGAGUGGGCUAAAAUUCCUCCACAGCGCGGUAAGAGACUCAUUGCAAGUUAUUGCAAACGCUUGAUUGCAGUUGUUGCUGCUAAGGGUGGCCCAACCAGUUAUAUUAGGUUU